AUGAAUGGUAGUGAAUCAUGUGAAAUUAGUUAUGAAAACGAAAACAUCAAUGGGAAAAAUCAGUUAACAAAAGAACAAACACAACAGCAACCUACUAUUAAUAUUAAACAACAUCUUGAUAAUAAGAAAUACCUAACGUUGGUGAUGAUUGAUCCUGAUGCGCCAUCCGGUGAAAAUCCAAUAACAGGUCCUUUCAUACAUUGGAUUUUGGCUAAUUUUAAGGCAAAUGACGGCAAAGAUGGACAACCGAUUUGUGCUUAUACAGGUCCUGGGCCACGGGCUGGAACAGGAAGACAUCGCUAUAUGUUUUUGAUAUACCAAUCCGAUGAACAAGUGAAACAAGAUAGAAAGUUUGAUACCAUUCCCGAACGUCGCAAAUUUCCUAUGGCAACAUUUGUUGAAAACAAUCAUCUUACAUUAAUUUAUCAGACGCUUUUCACAGUCGAUGCUUAA